CACGAGCGGGUACGGGUGUGAAUAGAGGCAUCUGAGUGUACUGGACUUUUUGCAUUACUACAAGCUAUUUCGGCAACCAUGUCACAGGAAAGCGCUGUGGCAAGUUCGGCGCUGGACAUGCGGCUAAUCCCCGAGUUCGAUGGCGGUAACGCCUCUGUGGAAGAGUGGCUGGAUAAGACGGAGCUCGUCUGUCAGCUGCGCGGAGUGUCCGACAUUCAAACCGUCGUCCCCCUGCGGUUGACCGGCGGAGCCUUCAGCGUCUACCAGCAGCUGAAGCCCGAGGAGAAGCUGCAGUACUCUGCCGUCAAAGCUGCCCUGCUGCGGGCGUUCGCUGUGGAUAAGUUCCAGGCGUACGAGGAGUUCACGGCGAGAAGACUUCGUGUCGGCGAGAGCGUCGACGUCUACCUGGCAGACCUGCGGCGGCUGGCCUCCCUGUUCGGCGGGCUCGGCGACACGGCGCUGAUGUGCGGCUUCGUGGCCGGUCUCCCGGAUGCGGCGAGGCAUACCUUGAGGGCCGGCUGCCGCAUGGAGAGCCUGACGCUGGCCGAGCUGGUGGAGCGGGCUCGGGCGCUGAUGGCAGAGAAUGCCGUCGCUGCAGCCGCUGCCGCCGCUGCGCCGGCCCGUUCCCGCCACACGCCGGCGUCAUCACGGUGUUACCGCUGCGGUCGAGCCGGUCACUUCGCUCGUGACUGCCGGGCGGAGAGGAGAGCGGACAUCAUCUGUUUCCGGUGCGAGCAGCCAGGACACGCCGCAGCCCAAGAGUAAGAGGCGCGCUACCGACGGUGCAGCUGCUGGUGAAUGGGCAGCGCAGAGUGGCUGUUAUCGACUCGGGCUGCAGCUGCACCAUCAUCCACGAGUCGUGCUGCGCGAGCUGGAGACGGUGCGGCGUGACUGUAAUGGCCGUCAACGGGUCCCGGCUGCCAAGCAGCGGAGUAACGGAGGUGGCGGUUCAGCUGAAGAGCGGCGGGCCCGCGGUGACGCUCAGCGCCGUGGUAGUGCCGGACAAACCACUGGGCGUGGAUAUGCUGGUGGGGAUGACCGGCAUCGCGGCGCUGGGCGGGGUGACAGUGCGGGCGGCGGACGAUGUGGUGUUCGGUGCCAGCGAGAGGCCCGACGUGGCCGUGCCGGGCCCGGGAGGGGUGCCGCCGCGAUGCAGCGCCGUGACGCCCCCGGCGUUGACCGUGGAAGAGCGAGACUUCACGGUCACUUAUGACGCGAAAAGUCAACACUGGACGGUGGCGUGGAAGUGGCGGAACGGGGCGGAGCCAGGGUGCCUGAGGAACGGUGUCC